AGUGUUGUGUGUCCUCCUUUGCAGCGUUUCAGCAUGGCUGAGAGGACCCUGGAGGCGGGAUCGGUCAGCAUCCCCAUGGAGGAGACUAAGCUCCCCGGCGGAGCUCCUCAGGAGGCGCCCCUGCUCGUCCACCUGAAGAAAGUGGAGAAUCACAUCACCGAGGCCCAGCGCUUCUCCCACCUUCCACGCCGCUCUGCCGUGGACCUGACGUUCUGUGAGCUCUCCUACACCAUCCGAGAGGGUCCCUGGUGGAGGAGGAGAGGUUACAAAGCACUCCUCAAGUGUCUGUCUGGAAGUUUCAACAGCAGAGAGCUGAUUGGCAUCAUGGGGCCUUCGGGAGCCGGGAAAUCCACUCUGAUGAAUAUUCUGGCAGGGUACAGGGAGACGGGCAUGAAGGGGCAGAUUAUGGUGAACGGUCGACCGAGGGACCUGAGGACUUUCAGGAAGAUGUCCUGCUACAUCAUGCAGGAUGACAUGCUGCUGCCACACCUCACCGUGAGGGAGGCCAUGAUGGUUUCUGCCAAUCUGAAACUGAGUGAGAGCGUGCAGGUUAAGAAGGAACUUGUGGAUGAGAUCCUGACUGCUCUGGGUCUCCAGGAGUGUGCUCUGACACGCACCAACUGUCUCUCUGGAGGUCAGUGUAAAAGACUGGCCAUAGCCCUUGAGCUGGUCAACAAUCCUCCUGUGAUGUUCUUUGAUGAGCCAACUAGUGGUCUGGACAGCGCGUCUUGCUUCCAGGUCGUCUCCCUUAUGAAGUCUCUGGCUCAGGGCGGACGCACAAUCAUCUGCACCAUCCAUCAGCCCAGUGCCAAGCUGUUUGAGAUGUUUGAUAAGCUGUACAUCCUCAGUCAGGGUCAGUGCAUAUACAAGGGCACCGUACCUUACCUCAUCCCCUAUCUGAAGAACCUGGGCCUCCACUGUCCCACGUAUCACAAUCCUGCUGACUUCAUAAUUGAGGUGGCGUCAGGAGAGUACGGGGAUCUGAAUCCAGUGCUGUUCGAGGCGGUCCAGGGUGGUCUGUGCUCUGAGGAGGGCAAGAAGAACUCUAAGGACAAAAGUGACUCCUCCUGUCCCUCUCAAUGUCACAGUGACACGGGAACUCUUGAGAAACAUAGCUUUGCCACGAGUUCAUUCACACAGUUCCGCAUCCUCUUCAAGAGAACCUUCAUCACAAUAUGCAGGGACUCGGUGCUGACCCACCUUAGGGUGAUGUCCCAUCUGUGUAUCGGGGUUCUUAUCGGCUUGCUUUAUCUCAACAUUGGAAAUGAUGCCAGUAAGGUCUUCAACAACACUGGCUUCCUUUUUUUCUCCAUGUUGUUCCUCAUGUUUGCCGCACUGAUGCCCACCAUCCUGACCUUUCCUCUGGAGAUGUCUGUGUUUAUGAGAGAACAUCUCAACUACUGGUACAGCCUGAAGGCCUAUUACCUGGCCAAAACUAUGGCUGAUAUACCGUUCCAGGUGAUCUGUCCCAUCAUGUACUGUAGUAUAGUGUACUGGAUGACUGAGCAGCCUGCAGAAGCAAGUCGUUUCCUGCUCUUUAUGGCCUUGUCCACAUCCACUGCACUGGUAGCCCAAUCCCUAGGCCUUCUUAUAGGAGCUGCAUCCACAUCUCUGCAGGUUGCAACCUUUGUGGGUCCAGUCACAGCCAUCCCGGUUCUCCUCUUUUCUGGCUUCUUUGUCAAUUUUGACACCAUUCCUAAAUACCUACAGUGGAGCUCCUAUGUUUCCUAUGUCAGGUACGGCUUUGAGGGAGUGAUACUCUCUAUCUAUGGGAUGAACCGGUCAGAGUUGGAGUGUCCCGGCCUGGUGUGUAAAUUCCAAAAGCCAGAGGAGGUCCUGCAGCUGCUGGAUGUGGAGGAUGCUAAGCUGUAUGUGGACUUCAUAGUGCUGGGGAUCUUCUUCUUGGUCCUCAGACUUGCUACUUACCUGGUUCUGCGCUACAAAGUCAAGUCAGAGCGUUAAGUUAGGACGUCCAGUAGCAGCAGACUUGAAUGCUUGCCCAUAUUCUGGCAGGGUGAGAUUGAAGCAAUCAUAUCGUCUCUUUCUUUGUCUCUACUUCAUAUACAUGUUCAAAGACAAACAGAAGUCCAGCACGAAAAAAAUUCAUCAGAAAGUGCAAGAGCUGCAACAUCGCCCCAACAGUACAGUAUGAUAUCAACUCUAAAAUAGUUUGUUAAUAAAGACAGAAGACGGUCCAGACUGCAGAUUGCUGUUCUGCCCAUGUCCAUUCAUGGUUGUCUGCCACAAGAUAGUAUUUUUCAGAUUACCAUUACCCCCCUAAAAUAUUGUGAAUCUGCACCCCACAUACACAGAAUACCCAACAAAUUAAUGAAAGCAUGUUUCUUAAGACUGAAAAAAUGUGGAUUUGAACUUGUUUGGCCAUGAAAGUGCUACUUGAAUCAUGAGCCAAAGCAUCCAGGUUUCGGAGAAGCCAUUAUAACCAUCCUGGUGCAGAAGUGUGUGAUAGCUUCUCCAUGCAAGCAACCCGCCCAUCAAGAUGCCCCAGGGGGCAAGAUUUCAACAUGGACACCCUCUUUUUUCUCUCUAGAAAAAAUGGAAACAGUCAGCGCCAGAAAACCCUUUGUAAAGUUUCUCCUGUAGGAUUAUAACAUCAGGAAUCCUUAACAAGAUGCAGAACAUGAAGGAAAACAAAACAAACCAACUGCCGGGGAAUGACUAUCAAUGCUUUCCAUUAACGGUAAGCAUUGUUUUUGCAGGUCUUCUGCCCUACCUUGCUGUUGGUUUGAACACAAAUCAAAUGUUUGUAAAAGGGUCAAGUCAAGCACAACAAUGGUCGAGUGUCUCAUACAAAGACUGAUAUGAGUUCACCUGAAUUGCUUCUUGAUACGACUUUGUCUGCAACAACAUUUUCAGUCAUUUUGGAGCAAAAUGUGAAAGCAAGAAUGACUGCUGCUUCCGGCCUGAUGCAGAGAGCUGUCUUCAUACCGAGUCGACGUGAGAAAGGUGUUUUCAGUGAGGUGCAAUAGUCUGUUCUAUUAGGGAGAAAAAAAAGUGUUUGUCAAAAUGGUGUCUCUCUUUUGACCCAUUUCUCUGAACUGCUUGUUUCCACUCUUUAUCUGCCUCCUGUCUGAGCUGCAAAACGAAAUAUCCCUCUCUCCUCUCCUUCUCCUUCCUUCUGCUUUGCUGAUGUCUGACAGAUGUGUGUUGUCCAAAAACAAUGCUAGAUACUUGAAUUGCAGGCUGGGCAGUUUUUGUGCCUCUGAUCUAGAAUGAUUUCAGUUUCCUCUGCUUUGUUGUUUGCACAGACAGUACUCCUUAUUGCAGUGUACAUUUUUCACACACAUAAGUACAUAUACACACACACACACACACACACACACAGACAGACACACACACACACACACACACACACACACACACACACACACACACACACACACACACACAUUUCCCCUGACAAUGUUAAGAAGAGCCUCUCCUUGUCACAGGACAAUGCAAAUAUUUUCAAAUAGACUUGCUAUGAAAUAUUUCUUACUCAAACUAUGCUACUUAGUAAUCCUUAUUAUAAUGCAUAAAAUAAUGUGAGUAUAUAAUCAAUGAUUGUACAGUGAAUAUGCCAUGCUGUAAACAAAUGUACAUUUGCACUUUUCAAUGUAUGUUUAUUCUUUUUUUAUUUACAUGUAUUUCAUUUUAUUUUUAUAUAUCUAUGUGAUGAGUGCUGUUGAGAGUAUAACGGGAAAAAAAAAACAGCAACCGAAUGUUGCAUGUUCAUUUAAGGAAUGAAAUUACUGAAAUAUUACAUUUCAGAGCAAAGCAUAACGAUUUUGUUUCCUCAUGCAAAUGUACGUAUCCAGCCAUGUCUGAGGAGAUGCAAAUCCUCUGCUUUUCUGCUGAACAUCUUUGGAAUAUAUCUGGAAUCAGGUGUGUCAGAUGUGUAGAUAAAAACGAUGGGAUCAGGAGUGAGGUAGCAAAGACGUGUGAGGAGGAGUAUGCUGCAUGGAAGAAGGCGAAGAGAGACAUUCAACCAAAUGUAUUUAAGUGUAUGUACGGAUUGGCGGCGUCUAUGAGAACAGGCUGAAGAAGAGAGCUGAUGUGCUUCAUGUGAAAGAGAAAGGUGCAGCUGUAGCUGUUUGGAUUCUGUCAUUAAUAGCAAUAGUCCACAUUGUGAUGUUUAAUCGUUAUUCCUCCCACUGUCGCUGCAUCGGUCACUUUAUAUAUGUGUUGUAUUAAGAGUUUGAUUUGAGUCCUUUUGUUCCUCACACUUUUAUUAUGUGCAAUAACCAUCUAAAGGUACUUUCAAUCUGUGAGAGCCAUAUCAUGAAAAGAAAAUGUGACUAUAUGUGUCUUUUUGUUUUUGUUGUGUCCUAUUAUUAUUGCUUCUAAGAACCAUCUAAAGGAUUUAAUUGGAGAGAUCAAAGGUCAUUUCUCAGGCUGCUCUAAUCCAGACCCGGUCAUGAUAUUUAGUUCAUAUGAAAAAAAAAAAAGGGAAACAACAUUGUACAAAAAAAAAGAAUAUGUGAAGUCGUUGUGUUUUUAGCAUUGUGCAAAUGAUGUCAAAAGCCAUGAGCUGGUAGAAGAUCUUCAAGUAUGACAUAUUUUGGUUUAAAGGAAAAAGUACUGUUUACUGCAGGAUAGAAACAGCUCCAACUCAACAACACAGGAGCGAUAAUAGGCAGGGCUGUAGUCAUUUACAAGUCGAGGGAAAGUGUUGGCCUGAGGUCUAAAGGCCUGUGGUACCAAAGACAACACAGAUCCGCCUUCAUCUGCUGCAGCACUGAAAACGUCGAACGUGCACUUCACAGGGACGUUGUGUUGUACGCUGACUUGCGCGGGUGUUUUGAAAAGACCUGGUUCUGAUUUCUAAAUUUGAAAUUUUACACUCUUUAUUCCUUUAGAUUAUUUUUCCUCAUUGGCUUCAUUCUCCUGAAUAGAAAAACGAUCACUGAUUGAUAAGAUUUGGCUCAAAGGAGAAACUGAAUAGUCGCUCUUAAUCGAUAGUAAAAACGAUAAAGUGUGAACUGUAUACGCUCUGGAUGUGGCUCUGCUGAAUGCAGAUAAGGAAGGUAUGCUCAAAUGUAGUGUCCCCCCCCCCCCCCACUCUUUUCUGUACUUUUAUUUAUCCUGUCACCAUUUCACCUUUUUGUCACAAUCAGCCACCUGACUUCAGUGCACUCGAUCAUGCAUGUUUAAUAAUAAGCAGAAAGCUACGACUGUCUGACUGAGCUUGAGUAAUGAAAUGAAAGGCUGGUAAACACAACUUAUUCUUUCCAUAUUUGUCUGAUAUCAUUUCUUAAUCAUUAACAGUUUUAUGGUUUCUCAACUCAAAAAAUGCAACUUCUGUAUACUGAACGCUGUUCCAAGGAUUAUAAUAAAGAUCAUUUAUAACCUUU